GAGCAGGUCGCCGAGGCGCUGGCGCUGAGGCGCAAGGUGAAGGGCCACAGUGGCCCUCAGACGGGAGUCCCAGCGAGUCGUGACUGCGAUGUUCCCUGCCGAGGGCGGAGCCAACGCGCCAGGGGUGCUGGCCCAGCAGCGUGGAGAGUGAAGGCCGAGAACGACGGCCAGCACGCCAAGCCCGACCUCGGCUUCAAGGGCGCCCAGAAGGCUCUGCAGGCAUUGCUGCUGAAGUUCCUACUCCAGCUUGGCCAAUCCAAGCGCAACAUCGAGGGCGUAGUGCUCGACUGCCUGAUCGUCGACGGCACCAGUCAGGAGGACAUACAAACGGGCGCCCAAGGAUUGAAAUACAACGAAGCCGUCACCGCACCGGGCAAAGGCCAUGCGCACGGCCCCCCACACUUGUGGGUGUCCCGCGGCCUCCUCAUGGCACUACUUCACCGCAAAGACGUGGUAGGAACCGCCAGCGCCAAGAAGAUCGUGGAGAUGAAGCAGGUCAUAGAGACUUGGAACAUGGCCAAGCGGUGCGACAUGAUCAAAUCCUGCAAGAUGGACCGCUGCUACGACGUCAACAAGCGCAAACUCAUGCUCAACAUGCACCCACAUAUUCGUUAGUGCAUCAUCGACUUUAUGGUUCAGACGGGGGCGGAGUGGAAGCAGGGGUGUGCGCCAGUCAGCCGCAUGGAGCGCGAGCUGCAGGAUUCGCUGGGAGUUCUCAUGAAAGAGUAAGUCGGCUUCUUCAUGCUGCCACGCGCCCACUCAGUCCCCCAAGUGCGACGCAAACAGAUGGCAAGAAGGGUACAGUAGAAGAGCAGGGAAUUGGCGACAAUUGUUUGGUAAAGAGCUAUGGAGCGACGGAAGCGGCCCUUCAGCUUCCGGAUGAGACCUCGGCUCGGACUUCUCUUGUGGAUACGGGUGUUACAGUUCCGAGCCCAACCACGACUGCUCCAAGGACUUCGACGACGGCUGCGAGACCGUUUUCUCCUCCGGCUCCGAGGCCGACGACUUUGGGGCCACCCCCGCUGGCGCCGAGACCGACGGCAUCGACACUUCCCACCUCGACCCCAAGGCCGCCUCGUGCUUCGAGAUCUAGACCCCCCGAAUCUUUUGAGUGGACAGGUAGACGUUAGCAGGCCCCAGAUUCAGUAUGUG